GGGGAAUGAAAAAAAGAAAACUUUUGCAUACACCUAAUAACGUAUAAAAUAGUUUUUUUUUUUUUCAAAAUUGUAGAGUUUGGAAUCGCGAAGCAAACAGAUUUUUAAGAGACAAAUUGGGUGAUACUUAAGAUGUUCGCUUUUACGAAACAAAUAAUAAUAGAAAAGAGAAAGAUUUCAUGAAAGAGAAAAGCGGCUGUGAGUGAUCUCGACCGCGCGUACCAUACUGCGCCUUGCCAACGCGUUUGCGCAACAUCGAUCUGCAACAUUAUUUCGCGGUAUUGCCCACGUAAACGCCGUAUCGUGUCAGUUCGACGGCGGAUGUUCCUCGGAGAACUCGCUGUUUGUGCCUAUAUAAUAUGGAAUAUUGUUCUGUCAUUCUCGAUCGACCACGAGAUCGAGAAAUUUCCAAGACGAGAAAGCGAUGCGCAACCUCGCUCGCAGGCUGUUAGUAUGGCUGACACUGGCGCUGUCCUUCCUGUUAGCCACUCGUUUGUUGUUCGGUCACGACUCUCGGGUGCCGCCGACAACGACGACGAUCCUCUUUGGCGACGUCAUCCCGAUAACGGAUCGUAGCCACGUGAAUUCGCAGCAGGCCGUAAGACCACCCUCUUAUACGGCGGGCAUGUACAUGGCGGGUCGGCAACCCCGCAAUGAAAGUGCCUGCAAAUGGUAUCAUGGCUUACCGGAUGAACUCUCUUAUCCACCGUCCAGGCUUACUUGGAGCCCUGAAACGGGCGAGAAAAGUCCUUACAGGGUUCUGCCGUUUGUGUUGCGCGGCGCCGCCGAUGCGACAACGAAUAGGUUGCCCCAGGUCACGCUGUCCACGCACGCCACCGCGGAUCAGGUUUACAAGAUCGUGGAACUAGCCAAACGGUGGGAGGGACCGCUCAGCCUGGCGGUGUUCGCGCCAGGCCUCGACGCCGGCCUCGCUGUCACUCAGCUUGAUCGGGCCUGUCGGUGCGAGUUUGCCAUGUUCAAGGUUUCCGUCCACCUGGUGUUUCCGGUUGGUCAGCCGCCUGUCCUAGACACGAUCGGUCGCACUCAGGGUGACUGCGCCGCCGUGGAUGUUCAGUGGCGGCAAGCCGAGACCGAGAGACAAAAGAAAAGCAUGACAUAUCCCAUCAACGUCGCCCGGAACGUAGCGAGAACGGCGGCGAACACAUCUCGCGUGCUGGUAUCGGACAUCGAGCUGCUGCCGAGCGCGCAGCUGGCCUCCAGCUUUAUGGAGAUGGUCCACGAAAGACCGCCCAAAGUCGGCUUGGUCUUCGUUGUCCCCGUCUUCGAGAUAGAGUCAAGCGAGUCGCCGCCAACGACAAAAAGCGAAUUGCUUGCUGCUUGUCGCGCUGGUUUGGCGGUAUAUUUUCAUAGAUUCCUCUGUCCGCACUGCCAACGAUUUCCGGGACUGAACAGAUGGAUGUCCAGACCAGAUCCGGGAAGAGUUCGACCGUUAAUCAUCACCCGGCGGGAGUAUCCCUAUCACAGAUGGGAACCAGUCUUCAUCGGCACACGUGAGGAUCCGCUUUAUACGGAAGAGAUGUCCUGGGAAGGGAAGCAGGACAAGAUGGCUCAGAUGUUCGAGAUAUGUCUUUUGAAUUAUCGACUAGUCGUGCUCGAUGGAGCCUUUUUUGUGCAUACGCCGGGAAUUAAGCGAAAACCUCGCAAAAUCAACGUCGCCACGCAGGAGUUUUUCCGACCGCACGAGAGAAGAAACGCGAAGAUCUACCAACGUGUGAUAAAACGUCUAAUUAAGCAAUAUCCUGUCAAUCGUAAAUGCUCACAAUGAGAGAUUUUAGAAAUCAACAUAAUUCCUUGAGAAAGACCGCUUCUCGACACACAUACGGUGCCUGUAUACAUUCACAUACCGACGAUUAGAAAAUAUUUUUUCGGUGAACAUCGAGUUUAUUAAAAUUAUUUAUAGAAAAUCUGCAAAAAUAAUACUAUUCACAUUGUUUUCUCAUCUCGCAAGAAUAAA